CCGUCAUUGUCAGCAAGUUCGUUUCGGCUACAGUUUCUGAUGACGACGUUAAGAAAAUUCUAAAAAAUACUGUAAAGGCCUACUUCCAUGAUAUACGUGAUCGCAUAGACAAAAGGGAUAGCCGGCGAAGAGUUGCAGUUGACAAUAAGAAAAGUGAUCAGAGGAUCUCUCCUGUAAGUUACCAUUUAAAUAAGUACAUGCUGUAG